UGGAGAGCGAGCGGGGAAUGAUGGAGAUGGGAUGAGAGAAGUGUCCUGCACUGCAAAUGGCCUCCUGUUUGACAUUUAUUGCUUGCUAGUCUUGAGUCAGCUUUGGUGCAUGAGGAAGGCUGGUGUCUCUAAGAUGUUUGAGAGAAUCAAACGAUCUGAUGAAGCUUCUGCUUCUUCAGCACAAGGAAUCCAAAGACAUGGUGCUGAGGGCUCUCCACGACAGGACAGCAGUAGCAGUUUACACAGAAGAGGACAAGAACAUCCUCGGCCUGGAGCAUCCACUGUGCAAAGUAGACAGGGAUACUGCAACUGUUGCCAUGUACACUACAGUAAUCUGGAACAGCACAUUUUCAGCUCCCAGCACAGACAUUUUACAACAUACUGUAGGAAUCGUACGGGUACCAGUAGCUUGAUGGAGCGUUUUCUUCAAGAUGUUUUGCAGCAUCAUCCCCACAGAUACCAUGACAGCAGACCAACCUAUGAUGACAUGCCAUUCCCCGUCACUCUGGAGCCUCCUAGGAUUUCUUGCCUGUCCUCAGAAGAGAUGCAGAAAAAGAAGAAUAGUGAGAAACAGGAGAUUUCCAGCAAAGACCAGGAGUCUGUUCAUGAAAUAGGCUCUUCUGUUCCAUGCCUGUCUCAUGAGGGCACAAAGAAAACUUCUCUUACGCAAGCAGGUUUGCAAAAACUUCAAAGAGGCCAGGAAUGUGUUCCAGGGAUAUCCCAGCAGUCUGCUGGCAUUUGUAGUGAUAAGAAAUGGGUAAAUCUGAAACAUGCCCGAAUUGCAGGUCAUAGCCGUGAAGGUCAGUCUACAGCUGUGAGCCCUGUAACUCAGCAGUUUUCUCUCAGCCCUACAAGCCACAGUUCCUCUGUUAAUCCUAGAGCAGGAAAAAAUGUUAGGGAUUUGGCAGCAUCAAAUCUGUUUCUGCGAAGAGGAUGUGAUGAAAGAGCAGUGGAGGUCUGCAGUAGGGAUGUGUUAUUGAACCCACGCUUGAAUCCUGCUCCAGCACUGGUUCACCCAAAAUGCCCUUCAGUUUCUCAUCAGAAUCCUACACACAGCCACAGCAAUUCUUCCUUUAUUACCUCAGGUCAAUCUCUCUCAAAGCGAGAUAGUUUACGAACUCAGGAUGAAACUUUGGUGUCUGAUCUCCAUCUCAGGGAUACUGUGGGUAUCAGCAGCUCCCUAGAUCUUGGGACAUCCCCACAGCUAGCAAGAUGCAAAAACAUAAAGACAAACAGACGGGAUGAAAGUUCAGUGGAUGAAACUAUUGAAGAUGUAAUUGUGAAAUACUGCCAUGAAACUACAUCUGAAGAAAUUUGUUUCAAAAAAGAGAAUAAUCCCAGUGUACCUUUUUCAUCACUUCUGGACCAUACUAAUUUAGAGGGCUCUGAAAUGAGUUUUGACUGUGAUGCACCAAUUCAGGUAGGAACAGAUUUACCCAAGGCAGCUAUAAAAGAUAUAGAAUUCCUGAAAGAGGUCCAAGUAUGUUUGCAAGAUAAGGACUAUGGAACACAUCUCUCUUCUGUUUUAAAAACUGAGUCAUUAGAGAAAAUAGAAGCAGUGAAAAAGGACAUUGUAGUUCAUGCCGAAGAACCAGUUCUUCCAGCCCUGCCUCACGUGCCUCCUUCUUUUGUGGGAAAAACUUGGUCUCAAAUAAUGUAUGAAGAUGAUAUAAAAAUUGAAGAACUUGUGCGUGAUUUCAGGGAAGGUCGUUUUCGCUGCUACUUUAACAGUGAAUCCUCAGCCAAUUGUACAGGGAAGAGAAUGAAGAAAAAAAAGCAGAAGGAUGAAAAAAGGAUCAAUAUUAUUGAGAGUAAUAGAACAGAAAGUGCGCCAGUUAAAGCACUGCCAGAAUUUAAUGAUGCUUUAAGUGGUGGCUCUGAUUUUGAUAACCCGUCUUUAGCCUCAGAUACACUAUGCAACCCACAAAUUGUAAAAAGGCCUAGGAAAAGGACAUGGCGCCUGGCUUCAAGGUGUCAGGUGGUUAAAGUCAGCCAUGGCACCCAAACAAGUCUGCUGAACUACCCUGUGGCAAAAAGGAAAAUGUCUAGAAGGGAAUCUGAUCCAGCUGAUCAGAAAGCAAGCAUUGCAUGUCUGGAGAAUGAAAAAACUCCAAACAUGAAAACUAGACUAUGUGCCCUUAAACUUCCAGAGUCCUAUAGCAAGAUCAUGAGCCCUGUACAGCCCAAGACAGUGGUGUAUGUACUCUCAUGCCCAGAGGUAAAACAGUGCAAAGGUAAACCUAUAGAUAUUCCCAAAAUGAGGAAAAACCAUCACUCCACAGAUAGCAAGGACUCUGUAAGAUAUAAAUACAAACAAUGUUCUCUCAAAUAUUAUGACCCACUGACAAAUCGAAUUCUGAAAACACCUCCUAAGAGUACAGCUGGAGAAAAGGCCAAAAAGCCCUCUCAUGUUCGACAGCUUUUCAGAAGUCUCAGCUUUGAUGCAAACAUGAAGAAACUAGCUGAUACACAGAGGGAAAGCACACCAUCAAAGUCACUCAAUCGGUCAGACUUCUGUAGUUCUUCUUCAGCAUCUUUCCUGCCAGAUCGAGAUAAAGGGAAUGAUGCAGCCUCAAGUCAAAAGGCAGAUGGACCAUCUGUUGCCACAGAAAAAACAGAUUGUCUUGUAUCUGAGAACUCUUUUAAACACCUAAUCAUUUCACCUUUGAACUCUGUGAUAGAAGGAGAUUGUAGAUUAAUUCCAUUUAAUAGAAUUACCAAAACUCCUCUGACCUCCAUCAGGAGUGAGUGGUCAGAGAGGGAGACUCCAAAAGCAAUAUGGAAGAGAAAAGAAGGCACUAACAAAGAACCAGUUUUUUCCAGAAAGGCUGCAGGAUCUAAGUCUGUCAGAUGUACUCUUGAGAGGAGAGGAAACAGAGUAACCACAGGCAAACAAACGUCCAGAACUAAAAAACAGCAGAAAGAGGGUAUGAGAAGACAACUUCAGCCUUGUGCCCAGAAAUCUGCUUUCUCCAUCCAGAGGUACCAGACAAGGAAAACUACAGUGGGAAAGCACCCUAAGAAAGAGAAGCCAGAUGCUAAAAAAUUAAAGCCAGCACCUGGAAGAAGGAAGGAGGAAGAAAGAAGGCCAUAGACAAUGCAGUUGAAGUGCUAGAGAUCCAGAAAGUGCAAAGCCAGUCUAAUGUGAAAUAAAUAAAACUGUAAACUCAGCUCUUGUUCCUGGAAUAUGGGGACACAAUUUAUUGCACUGUUCUACUGUGUAAAGCUGCAGAAGUUGUGGAUUUGAUUUAAAAGCACUUAUAAUCAUAUUUACUAGUCUUCACCUGUACAUCAGCAAAAUGACCUUGAAUGGUAUCAUAUUGUUAUUAUGGUAUUAUCAGUGCGUGACAGUGCACUAUAAUAAGGUGAUUUAGAAGCUGUGUUAAUUAAUUGUGCCUAUUUAAAUUUUUUCACGUAAUUCUAAAGUGCAGAAGAUGACUCACUUGCUAUGCUAGAAAUUUAAUGAAGAUAAUACAUCAAUCAGGGCUGAAUUCUCUGUAUGUAUUUUGUGUUUGUGUAUACGUGCACCUAAUUCAACACAUAAUAUAUACUUGCCUGUGGAAUGGCAUUAAAAUUAAUACAGUAUGAUACAAUUCAGAUCAAUUCAAUGGUUUCUUGAAAUGAAAUAUGAUUUUACACAUUUUUGUAUUGACUUCUUUGUUCCUGAAAUCAUGUCCAAAGCUUUUUUUUUUUUUUGACUGAAAGUCACUGUGGGCUCUCAUCAAGCAAUAAUGGACCAUGCUGGUAAGGAAAAAUGUCUCCUUAGGGGACUGUUCAGAUGGUGGUAGCUGAAGUGAAAUCUUGAAUUCUAAAAGAAGUACAGGGUUAUGUUUGAGGGCUUUUAUUUUUGUUUUUAAUAACUUGUUGAUUAAGUUUGUAGGUGAAUUUCACAUUCCUUAGUGAGGGGGAUGGAAAAGUUAUAAUGCAAACAAAUAGCAGCAAGUUGUUUCAGAAUGUCAGCCUUGAGUUUGGGGUACUGUGCUUUUCUGGCUUUA